AUGAGUGAGUUCUGGCUAUAUGACGACUUUGACGGUGCCCAGAGCAACCAGGGAGGUGGAGACGACUUUCUCUCCAACUUGUUUUCCCAAGAAUCUUCUCAAGAUGCUCCUUCGAGUGCCAUGUCGAUGCCGAUGGACCAGCCGACCAACCAGUCAAUGAACCUAAUGUUUCCUAUGGAGACGAAAAACCCCGACCAGGGCAACCGCCCCAUGGAAAAGCAGUUUAUGGCUGGCGGGGCGAUGAGCCAGAGCCCGGGAAACCAAGGAAUGGAUAAUCUGACGAUAAACCCAAGUAUGGACCAAUUGGGAAUGAACCAAAUGAACCAAAUAAACCAAGGAAUGAAUCAAGGAAUGAACCAAGGACCCAACCAAGGACUUGGUCAAGGAAUGAACCACAACCAAAACCAAAACAUGAACCAAAACCAAAUGAACCUCAACCAAAACCAGAACCAAAACGUGAGACAAAACCUGGCCGGGUUGAACCAAGGCAUGACAGGCAUCAACCACAACCAGCGUCCGAACCAAGGUCUUGCGGGUCAAGCCGGGUCGGGGCCUGGUCAGCUCAACAUGCAAUUCCACCAGCCACAAAACCAAGCGUCGCCCAUGAACUUGAACCUGCCCAUGGCAGGUCAGCAGAGUAUGAUGAACAAUUUCUCCAACCAAAUGCGAAUGCCUCAAGGUAGCCAGCAGCCACAGACUCUGUUGGACACCAGUAAAAAGGAGCAGUUAUCUCGGAUGCGACAGCAGAUAAUGCAGCAGCAAAUGCUCCAGGCACAAAAGCAGAAGCAGCAGCAGCAGCAGCAGCAGCAGCAGCCCAUGAACGCUCUGGCCCAGGCGCAGGCUCGGGCUCAAGCACAAGCUCAGGCUCAAGCCCAGGCUCAGGCUCGGUUGAAAAACAUGGAAAUGGAAGCAUCUCAGCAACGAACUGGACUUAUUACUCAACAAUUCAGCCCUUCAUUGGGUAAACCUCCUGGUUCUGUGGGUAUUGAAACUCCACAGCAGAACGCAGCAAUGCCUCAAGGAGCUCAAAAUAAUCGCCAGUUUCUGAACCAGAACAUGGAGCAGUUUUAUCGACAGCCGCAGAACUUUAAUUUCCAGCAACAACCGCCGCAACAGCAGCAACAGCAACAACAACAAAAUCCACAGACCCAGACUCCACAAUCCCAUGGAACUCCGCCAAACAUGCUUCAACAGGAACCUCCAUCGCAGCAACCCCAGGCGGCUGGACAAGCACAAGGAAAACUUCCACCUGCCCAGAUUGCCCAGCUUCAAAUCGAAAUAUUUAUGGCGGUUUUGAACGACUUCAUGAGUCGCCGUGGGUCCCCCAUUCGAGAGCCAAUUGUGGUGAACAGAAAGAGAGUCAAUCUUUUCUUUUUGUAUGUUCUUUCGCAUAAACUAGGCGGGGCGCAAGUGAUGAUCAAGUCGCUUCAGCAGCCUCAACAGCCGUCACCGUGGUCGAUUUUGGCACAACGGCUCAAUUUGUACGAAGGAGUGGAUACGCCAGCUGGAAGGGCCAGCAUAGAUAAAGAAUUAAGUUCAUGUUACGUGCAAUAUGUGCUUCCCUAUGAACAAUAUUGCAGCACUCCAGAUGGUCAAAAGGAUAUCCAGGAGCGCCGACUUCAUUACCAGAAGCAGCUUGUGGCCAAACUUCAACGUCAAAAACAGCCACCAACACCAAACCAACAGCCGGCUCCAAAUCAAAUUCCGCUCCAGCAGCAAAUUCCUCAACAACAGCCCCAUCAAAAACAGCAGGCAAUGUCACCAGGUGUAAACCAAAUGAAUCAGAUGUCACCGCCAACAGUCUCACCAGCCCUCCACAACAAACCCGCUCCAACUCCAACUUCAAAUUUUGUUCCGGGACAAACUUUUCCACCUGAAUCUGUGUCUUCAGCUCCAACUCCUCGUCAGCGCCAGCAGUCCCGAGCCAGCACACUGUCGCACAACUCGCCGCAAGUCCAAUCGCCAUACGUUCACCAAAACCAAUCCAGAGCAAGCAGCGUCGUUCAGGCGACCCAGAGAUCUGUCCUGGGACUGAGAGGUAACCCAGGAGAACCAAAACCAACCAGUACCACCAACAUGAUCAAGAACUAUAUUCCUUACCGAGCUUCAGCUGACACACAAGCCGGUCAUGAUAUAAUGACAUUAUCGUCUCUUGGUCAAGACAUUGAUAUGGCCAAGCCUGUGUUUCUUUUCGCUCCAGAAUUGGGUGCCGUUAACUUGCACGCAUUGACGAUGUCUCUCAAAGCAAUGACAAGCCCCUACAGUGACGAGGUGACCAAUGCUUUGAACACUUUACUCGUGGUGUCGCUGGACGCUGCUCUUUCGAUCAAAUUGCCUGAAUGUCCGGAAUUGCUUGAUGCUUUGUGCACAGUUGGAUCGAACUUGGUGGACUGCAUUGUGCGCCAGAGUCCCAAGAUGACUUCAAAUGAAAUUUCCACUGAACCUUGUGGCACUAUCGAUGCAGUCUUCGAACGCUAUGUAAAUACGGAUUCGCAAGAUGAGGACAUUGCCUUUUUCGUGGACUCACUUACGGCUCAAGUGGUGCAAGAUUCAGAUAUGGACUUGGACGACGAUUUGUUCUCGGAAACUAACCAGUCUACGGCUGAACUGCUGCCCGAUACUCUGGAUAUCAAAGAAAACGUCGAGUUUCACCUAGAUGAUUAUAUGAGUGCUUUACGAGGAUUUAAGGAGGAAAAUAGGCACCAUUUCAGUAAGCAGCAAACACGCAGUGCUACCGACGACCAGAUCAUGAUGGUGGACCAAUUGGUUUCUGUGCUCAUGAUCUUGAGAAGCUUAACAGUUUUGGAUGUGAACAAGCCAAUUGCAACAAGCAACGUUUUGUACAAGAAAUUGAUAAUGCAAACCGUCACGGCGGUGGCCGAGCACCCUGACAAGUUCAUAUUCCAUCGCAAGCGCUUAAGUUUGCUCAAAGACUGUUUGCUCAUGUUGCAAAACGUGGCUCUAGAAAUCCAGCUUUCUUCUAUGGAAGAGACAUUCACAGCAUUGGCGUUAGUUUUCAGUUUUGGGCCUCCACCCAGCACCGAUUUGGACAUCCCAGUGGCUCCUCUCGACACCUACACUUACCUUCCGUUUGCAGUAGAUGUGAUGACAAAAUUACUUGUUCAAGAACCGCAAAACCGGUCUCUUAUGCAAGCGGUAUUGACUGGCACCUUGACUGGCACCUUGACGGCGUCGAUAGGUAUAAGUAGACAGGACCACGAAAAAACCAAGGUUGUGGCUACUCGGUACUUGGGAGACGAGCACAAGCUUCGUCAAGGUCAAUUGAUGACCAAUGCAUUCCAUUUGUUGAUGAGUGUGAUUCCAUUUGAGAAAAGUGCAUCCGAAUUGACCAAGACGAUUUUCUCGUCGGAGCCCAUUAUGUCACAAGCAUUUUUCGGAGUCAAGCUCGUUUUGGACCUGAUUCCGAUAGAAGACGAUACAGGACUCAGCGACUUAUCUACAAGGUGGCUUAUCGCCAACAAGUUCCGGAUUUUGUCGAAUUUGGGUCGGUCUGCCGUCGUCAUGAUAGGCGAAGGCGCGAAACUACAAAGAGGAAGUAAUGAGCACCGGGUCGUCAGUACGAUAGUGCAAGAGGUGUUGAUCGUGGUGAAUACUCUCUUGACGCAUGCUUUAACGAUAAGAGACAAACUUUUGCAAACAAACAAAGAAAGCAAAUUAAUUGGUGAAAUUGAAGAUUUGGUCAAUAUCGUGCGAGUCGCACCGGAUCCUUUGUUUGCUAUGGAAACAGUGCUUGCUUCGUUGGUAGACGGCGCAUUGAGCCGAGAAGUGGUGAGAUUAUUGGCGGUGUUGGACAAAUUGGAGAAGAGAUAA